GUGGGACGAGAUGACGCAAGGAAAUAAGUGAGGGGGUGGAGAGAGAAAAAAGUCUAAGGAAUCAGAUUCAAACUGGCACACUCGGUCUCUGUUAGCAUCGCUGAGGUAGAUGAAUGAAGCCCAAGGUACGGUGAAUUACUACGGGCUGAGAAGGAAAUACAUAUACCAGGAUGCAGCUGAGCAGAUGGGCGGGCAGUUGGAGAUCACGCCUAUGGAGACAGUCUGCUGGGCCGGAGAUCGAAGACUCCUUUGACUUUCUUUUUAAAAUCAUCCUAAUUGGAGACUCAGAUGUUGGGAAGACCUGCGUGGUCCAGAGAUUCAAGUCUGACAUUUUCAUUGAAAAGCAACAAAACACUAUUGGUGUUGACUUCACAGUCCGGACCCUGGACAUUGAUGGCAAGAAAGUGAAGAUGCAGGUUUGGGACACAGCAGGACAAGAACGUUUCCGCACCAUAACUCAGAGCUACUACCGCAGUGCCCAUGGUGCCAUGGUCACUUAUGACAUCACACGUCGAUCCACGUUUGAGUCUGUUCCCCACUGGAUCAGGGAGGUGGAACAAUAUGGAGCUGCGAGUGUUGUACUCAUACUCAUAGGAAACAAGUCAGACCUGGUAGAGGACAGAAAAGUGUUGUUCGAGGAAGCCUGCACUUUGGCUGAAAACAACAGCGUCCUGGCUGCUUUGGAAACUUCAGCCAAGGAGGCUCAGAAUGUGGAAGCUGCCUUCAACCUCAUGGCCCGAGAGCUGCUGGCACGCAAUGGCAUGACCAUCGUGGACGAGUCCCCUCAAGAUCAAUCACAGUUCAUGUUGCGCAACAGUUCUCACCCAAUCCACGGUUUUUCAUCUGCUGAUAAAAAGUGUGGGUGCUGAGCUAGUGUAAGUAAGACAUCACAAGGAACACUGAAGUGGGUGUGUGUUUGAAGAGGGGCUGGGGAGGGGCGUCAGUUUCUCUAUGAGGCAAUAGACGGUAUUUAAAUAAAAGAAAUUUAAUUU